AUGGAUAUUUCUCCUGCACCACCUGCGUAUUCCGCAGCUCCGAUUAUCGACCCAUGUCGAUGCACACAUUAUUCACCAUGUGCUUGCCCUUCACUUCCGGAGCACGCGCAAUGGCCUUUGCGAAGGCGAAGGGAUGAAUGGUCUCCAAUGUGGCUGCAACAGCCCAUCGACGACGAAGACCCUAAUAAAAUCAUAGCCAAGAUCAUGAAGAAGGAGCGCUGGCGAUAUAUGAUGAAGGAUAUUAGAAAUGCUUUUACGCACUUAUUCUUCAAUUCACAACGUUCUCAUCAAGGACCACCCCCAGUACGGUCGUUCAGAUGGUUGGUAUCAUGUCAUUAUUCUCCCGAGGACUAUCAGUAUGUGCGGACGCCCCCAUGGCGAAUGCUUGUGCGCCUAUACUGCCACGACCUUCCCAAGGAGUUGAAAGAUGAAAAGGACAGAUGGUCGAUGAGGUCGUGGCGAGACCAUCCACCAAAAGUUUCGAAUCAAAUACGCGCCCGCGUAGAGUCAGAUAAUGCGCCUGCCGAAAUAACAUGCGGGCGACGAUACGUCUUCUCGCUCAUGUCUCCGGAAAUGAGUCAAUCUUUGGUGGGGGAUUGGCUUGCUGUAGUCUACAUUUGGGCUACAGAUCGUAAGCGAGUAGAGAAUACUGAUGGAAGAGAUUUGAUUUCCCUCGGCAAUCUCGUCGGUAUUCGUGCCUGGGAAUGGGUCGAUGCAGUUGACGCCCCUCAUAAGACUCCCUAUUUAUUUUACGAACUCUCGCAAGAAUCGGAUCGUACGCUCAAGGAUACAGUAUUUGGUGGGCUGCCGUAUGCAAAUUAUGAUAGUCUUCCAAUCCACCCGGAGGACCCUCUGCCGGCCAGACUUGCUGGAUUACGGCGUUUGAUGAACACGGAAGGAAGAGAGUUAGCGUCUGCGUAUUACGAUUAA